GUGACAUUUCUCUUGGUUUUUACUAUAAGAAAUAUCAAUUAUGAUUUUAAAAAGGGAAGUCAAUGUAUUUGUAUCAUUUGUUCUCCCAUUUUUUUUAUUUUUGAAGAAUCUAUCUAAUUUCUGAAAUUUUCUUAUGUUCAGACAAAAUUUUACAUAAAAUACCAUUUCGUAAAGAAAUGGCUCAAGAUUACUAUGUUCUAAAUUGGGCAUAAUCUCAACAGAAACUGGUUGCUUAAAACAUUAUAUGUUCUAAAUUGGGCCGGCAAAUGGGCUUCAAUAAAGUCCAUUAACAUGUUAGUUUCGUAUUCUUCAUUUCAAUCUUUUCUGGGGAUAAUUGAUCUCUUAACAACUAAUUAGGCUAAAUCUGAAUUAAACAACAAUUAUAAGGAAGUUUCUCUAAUUUCUCUAACCUUAAGACUUUUCUCCAAAGAAGAGAGAAACAAAAGUAAAGAAGCUCUCGUAACAGUAGAAGCAGAGUGCAAAUCUCACUGACUACUACCAAGGCACCAAUCACCAUGACCAUGAUGAUCAUUACAGUGUUCUUAACAGUGAUUGCAGCGGUUCUCGCAAUCCUUGUCAAGAAUUCUCAAACCGGUUCUGGCAUCUUCGCACCGCCUGAAAUCUCCGGUUCGCGUGAUGUUUUCCCGUCGGCGAAAGUGGUUAACUUAACCGGAGCCUCUGGUCCUGAGAGUAUAGCUUUCGAUCCAGCAGGUGAAGGUCCGUACGUUGGUGUCUCAGAUGGUCGUAUCUUGAAAUGGCGCGGUGAACCGCUUGGAUGGUCAGAUUUCGCUCACACAUCGUCUAACAGGCAGGAGUGUGCUCGCCCAUUUGCACCAGAGUUGGAGCAUGUGUGUGGAAGGCCAUUAGGGUUGCGGUUCGAUAAGAAAACCGGAGAUCUCUACAUAGCGGAUGCCUACUUUGGCCUUCUUGUUGUUGGUCCUGCUGGUGGUUUAGCCAAACCUCUGGUUACAGAAGCUGAGGGGCAGCCGUUUCGUUUCACUAAUGAUUUGGAUAUUGAUGAGCAGGAAGAUGUGAUUUACUUUACAGAUACUAGUGCCAGAUUCCAGAGAAGGCAAUUCUUAGCUGCUGUUUUGAACGUCGAUAAGACUGGAAGGUUUAUCAAGUAUGAUAGAUCAAGCAAGAAAGCGACAGUCUUAUUACAAGGCCUUGCAUUUGCAAACGGCGUUGCACUAAGCAAAGACCGGUCUUUUGUAUUGGUAGUCGAAACAACUACUUGCAAGAUUCUAAGACUUUGGCUCUCUGGUCCAAACGCAGGAACACACCAAGUGUUUGCUGAGCUUCCGGGUUUCCCUGACAACAUCAGAAGAAACUCGAAUGGAGAAUUCUGGGUCGCUUUACACUCAAAGAAAGGUCUUUUCGCGAAACUAUCACUUACUCAAACUUGGUUCAGGGAUUUGGUGCUUAGACUUCCGAUCAGUCCCCAACGCCUGCACUCGCUGUUCACUGGAGGAAUACCUCAUGCUACAGCCAUAAAGCUGAGUGAAUCAGGUAAGGUUUUGGAGGUACUUGAGGAUAAGGAAGGAAAGACAUUGAGGUUUAUAAGUGAAGUGGAAGAGAAAGACGGCAAGCUUUGGAUUGGUUCUGUUCUCGUGCCUUUUCUUGGUGUCUAUGAUUUGUAGUUUCCUACUUUGCUCAGACUUAAUUGUCUUUGCAUGGAUAUGAGUUUAAAUGUGUAUUACGUUGUCACAACUAUGUGCACGUUAAUUCUAUUUCUGCUGUUUGUUUUUGACGUCCAUGUGUAUACUUUUAAGUUUAAAAAAGGUGUCUGUACUGGUACUGUUUAUUACAUAUAUGGUAAUCAUAUGGUGACAUUUUAAA